UUAUAUUAAACAGGGGAAUUACCCAAAAUAUUUGUAUAUUAGAAUUAGAAUUUAAAAAAUAUUUACUUGUUCAUUUGAUAAAAAAAUUGUACAUAAUCAAAAAAUAUAAUGGAAAAUAAUGUAACAACACCAGUGGUACAAUUUAUGCCAAUUACUAACGAUAAAGUAGUUAAAACUUCACCAAAAAUCAUCCAAAAAAAUCAAAAUAAGGAAAUAAUUUUAAAAGCAUCAGGUCUUAAGCCAACAAUUCUACAAAAUUUACCAACCAAUCAAAAAAUUAUGUUAAAAAUACCUAAUAAUCCUGAUAAAACAAAAUCGAACUUAAAAGUUAUCCCGGUUACAAAACCAAAUGAUGAUAAAUUAGAAAAUGGAAAAAAUAAUGUUGAAACAAAAACAAUCAAAUUGAAUCAAGAACAGCUGAAAAAUUUGUUUAGUGGAAGUAUAAAUACGGGUAAUAUAAGUGGUGUGAAAAAACCAGUAAUUUUAAGUAUGGAAAAAUUCAAAAGUUUGAUGAAUAAUCCGAAUUUUCAUUUAAAUCAAAAAAGUAUUAAGGUAGUUAAGACAAAUUCAAAUACAUCUCCGACAAAAUUUUUUGUACCUAAAGCUAGUUCACAAGUGAUAAAAGCAUGUGUGAAAACAUCAAAUCCUACAACGAGUGAAGAUGCUACAAAUAUGGAAUUAACCUCAUCGUCACAAGAUACAAUAAAUACUUCAAGUCAUUCUACAGUUUCUGCAUCAAAUACAAUAAAUGUAGAUGAAGAAACCUCAAAAUCAAAUCAUAAUCAACAAAAUACGAUAGAAAAUAGUUCCUCCAUUGUACAAACACCAACAAAAAAUCAAACGUUUCAAAUUCGACUUAGUAAUUCUGAAAUUUCAUCGGCAAAUUCAAUAAAAUUAAAUCCUCAAUCCACAAAAAUUAUUAAAUUAAACCAAAAUAUACAAAGUAGUGAAGAAAAGAAUUCUCCCGUUAUACAAACAUCAAAGAAUCAAACUUUACAAAUACAGCUUAAUAAUUCAACGGUUUCUUCACCAAGUGCAGUAAAAAUUGAUCCAAAAUUGUCAAAAACAAUAAAACUGAUCAGUAAUCCAACAAUUUCUACAUCGAAAACCGUAGCAAUUGAUCCACAAUCAUUAAAAAAUAUAAAAUUAACCAAUAAUUUACAAAAUGGGGUUGAAAAAAGUUCUCCUAUUGCACAAACAGCAGCAAAUAAUCAAAAAACACGUGUACAAGUUAACAAUUCUCCAGUUACGCCAUCCAGUGCAAUAAAAACUGUAAAAUUAAAUCAAAAUGUGGUUGAAAAAACAUCUCCCGCUGUACAAACAUUACCGAAAAAUCAGAAAUUUUUUCUACCACCCAAUAAUCGAUUUCGUAUUAUUCAUCAAAAUGGUAAACAAAUUGCAUUGCCAAUAGUAAAUGAAGCUCCAAACAAUGUGACAGCUGUAAAAUCAACUAAUAAUGUCUCGAAAUCGUUAAGUACCGAAACGCAAAGUGAUAAAACACAGAAAAUAGUAGCUGAAGAUAAAAAUCCUUUUGUUUUCGAUUCAAUUACAUUACCAAUUGGUGCAAGAAAAAUUUACACACGUCGUCCAAAAACUCCUGAACAUGUUUACAAGAAAUUUAAUUUACCUUUACCUUCAAAAUCUACAGAAUCGUCGAAAACGAUAGAAAAACCACAAAAAUUAGAAACAAAUAGCAAAGUUGGUGAUUCUACAAAUAUUAAAGUUAGUCAAGUGGUGGUAAAUAGCAAAGUGCCUGCUUCUACAAAAAGCAAAGCUGCUACUUCUACAAAUAGCAAAGUUAAUCAAGUAGUGGCUAAUAAUGUAACGGACCAUGCAAAUGAAAAACACGAUGAAAGUAUAGAAAAAAAGAAAAGAAUGUCCCGAAAACGAACAAAUAUUGAUUAUGAUUCAGGUAGUAGUAACGGCACACCAGUAAAUAACAAAACUGCAAGCAUGUUAAUCCAAACGCUUAAAUCAAAAUUUGUGCCAUUAGUGGGUCAUGCGUGUACAGCGACAAUUAUCGAACAUUUAAAUUUGGCGUAUUCUCGAUGUCGAAUAUCUCACGGUCAAGCCGUUAAAGAAUUAAUUCAGUAUAUCGAUAAUUAUGAACGAUAUCGUGAUCGAAAAUUAUUAGAGACAAAGAAAAAAAAUAAUGUUAUUAGCGAGAGAUCAACACAAACGGAAAUUGAAUAUAUGCAAUUGAACGAAAAUCCGAUUGAAUCGAUUCCGAGUAUAAUACAAAAUAAUGACACAAAUAAACGAACGGAACAGAAAACAGUCGGAACAUCAAUAGUUCCCGAUAUAACCGAUGAAUUUAGUAUGUUUAGAUUACAGUUAUUUAAAGAUUGGAAUAGCGCACUGGUUCCGGAUGUUAUGGGAAAUAUGCCUAUUCAUAACGCAGUGUUGGAGAACGACUUUUUUGCCGUUAAACGUCUUUGUUUAAUUUUAAAACAUUUAAAAAAUAUAAAUAUUCAAAAUGAGUCUUACGAUAUGACAGCACUUCAUUUAGCAAUAUCAAACAAAUGCGAUAUAGAAAUUAUCGAACAUUUACUUGAAAGUGGAGUUAAUCCAGAAAUUGAGGAUAUAAAUGGUAAUAAUUGUUUACAUAUGAUCUCACAACAUGGUAAUGCCAGGAUUAUGAACUUAGUGUUAACAAAAUAUAGAAGCCCCAAUUUAGACUUAAAUACUUGUAAUUAUAAUGGCUCAACGCCAUUAAUGCUGUGUACGGAACACGAUAACGUUGAAAUUGCAAAAUUAUUAUUGAAACAUAAGGCCGAUACAGAAGUACAGGAUUUAAAAUCAGGACGAACUGUAUUAUUCCAAGCGAUUGAAGCAAAUAAUGAACCAAUGGUAAAAUUAUUAAUUGAAAAAGGAGCAGAUCCGAAAAAACGUGACUACAGUGGAAUUACACCACUAGAAGUGAUAAGUGAGAUACGAAUAACUCCUGGGAUACGAAAAAUUAUGUAUAAAAUUUUAUCACAAAAUAUUGUUAAUUUACAACGUAAAAGGCAAAGAAUACAUUUGGACAAUGGCGAUGAUGAUGUAAUGCUAACACCGAUUACAUCAGAGAAAAUACGAAGAAUAAAUGAUGAAAAUGAUGACGAUAAUACGUAAGAGCAAUCAAUCAACAUAAUAUUUAUAUAUUAAUCGUCAUAUCGAAAUAUAAUUUUUUAAUCGGUUUGAAUAAACAAAUUUUGUUGAUCGAUUUUUUUAUUAGUAAUUAACAACUCGCUAU